ACUCACUCUGCAUCCGGGUCCACUGUCCCAGUGCUAGAAGAAGCACCCGCCGGCCGCUUCGUUCUCGCUCUCUAGCGGCACCCAGGCCUAGCCACACCACACCACAGCCAGGGACGUGUAGUUACGCGAGGAAUCAAUCGAGGUAAUUAUGCCCCGCGCGGCCUAAUCAAAGCCCAAAUUUAAGAGCCAUUGCUGCACGCAACGCAGCACGCCAUACCUUACCUUGCCUUGCCAUACCAUACCCUGCGCCCCCUGUCUUCUUCUUCUUCUUCUUCUUCCUCCUCCUCUCCUGUGGCCACAGCGGCGGUGCUACAGUUCUAAGCGGCGUGCGUGCGGGCGGGCGGGCGGGCUUCUCGUGGGCUGGUGCCGGUCUGAUCUGCGCGCGGGAGGUGUCAGCACGGAGGGGAUCCCCAUCGCUUGCCGCUUCGUGGCUCGGGCCGUCAGGUAACGGAGGAUUUCAGUCCUUUUCCCACGGUCUCUCUAGUUGUUCUUGGGCGGUUUUCAGUUGCGAGGGGGACGCCAGUUCUCUUGCUGCCCAAUUUUCUGCAAUGCCGCGGGGUUUCCCUGGAUGCAUUCCUUGCUCAAGUCCGUCUUGCUAUCUUCGCACAAGGAUUAUCUUCUGCUCUUCCUCUGCCUUUCUUUUCUUGGUUGGGCGGCGAGUCAAGUAAAUUUCCUGCAAAUAUGUCCGAUGUGUUCUCGCAAGGUCUCGCGCGGUCGUUUCGUUUCUUUCCGUGAGGGGUGUGUGGGGAGGAGCCGAAUUACGCAUUUGCAGCUUUUUCCAGGGGGGGGGGGGGGGGGGGGGGACACGCGGCGGUGGUUCGAUCCGGUUCUUGUGUUCCUCACAAAGUCCACUCCUCUUUUCAGUGCCGCUCUUCAAAAGUGAUGAUUUUUUUUCCCUCGGUUCCUCUAUCUUUUGGCCUUCACUUUCCAGUUGAAUUUUAGUACUACUCUUUCGUUUCCCACUCAUUUUAUGGUAAGUUGAAGUAAUUUCCCUUUUUCUAUUCCGCCAAACGGCAAUUAUGUUCUUCAACUCUAAUAAGUACUGUAUUUCCUUUCUUCAAGCCUCUCUACUGUUCCCAUAGGCCAUAAAUUGCGCGCGGAGUUUUGCAGUUGCAAUUCGUGGGCCUUUUCCCCUUCGCUCCGACUUUUCGAAAAAAAUCAUUUUCUCGGGCGGGAAUCUGCUUCAUGGACAGAUCCGAGUUGGCCUUUCUCUGAAUUCUCAGAAUCACAAGAGAUUUCCAUAUCUUAGUUUUUUCACUUGGCCUCUGCAACUGCAUCCUGGUAUGCCUUGGGCUGCAACUGGUUUAGGUGGUUGGCAUGUGAUGUGAGCGAAUAAUGGCACGAGCUGGGUUGUUGAGAAGAGAAGUGGCGUCUCUGCCUCCAUAUGCUUCUGGGUCGAGCGAUUCAACUGCAGCUUGGAAGGGUUUACAAACAAAACUCUACCCAGCUAUGAUGAAUUAGCCGGAAAAUAAUCGAUGGGGACUGAGGUCAAUCAAACCUUUUUUGCAUGGUCGCAAGGAGAAACAACUGACCUUGGUGUUUCUCAAACGCUCAAUCAUGGUUCCGUAUCCUUCGGAAGGUUUGAAUUGGAGUCACUGUCUUGGGAGAAGUGGUCUGUAUUUACUAAUGACAAACGCCAUGAAGAGUUUGUUAAGUUCAAUGGUUUAGUAGCUCAGAAGAAGGCAUAUUUUGAAGAGUACUACAAGAAGAUCAGGGAACUCAAGGCUUCACAGCAGCAAAUUCAGCAAACUGAACUCACCUUGGAAUACAGUGGUGAUGGCAGUGAUUCUAGCCAAACAGAAGAUAUGCCCCACGAAGAGCUUGAAACUCCCACAGGAUCUGGAACAAUUGUUUACGAUUAUGUGGAAGAAGCUGCACAUGAGACCACCUCUGAACAGGACAUGCAAUGCUAUCAUGACCAUGAAGAUGAGGACUUCCGUAAAGAACUUUCAUCAUCCGAUCCUGUUCCAGAAGGCAGAAUUUCACAGCAAACCGACCAGAAUGCUAGAGAAAAUGCUCUUGGUGGUAAUUCAGAUUCCGCGGAUGUUGAAAAUGCAGGUUUUGGUCCUGACGGUAUUGGAGCAGCUUAUGAAAAUGCAAGGGCUCCUAGAAGAAAUGCUGAGAAAGACCCCAGACUUAGAUAUGCCUCAAUGAUAAUACCAAAAUCGGUGAAAACCGUCGCGGGCAGUCCUCUGGACCGCACAUCUGUCACUAAGACGCCUGGUUCAGUGAAGCCUAGCGUGACAACAAACCAGAAGACCAAGACAAACAGUGUCCGUAGCUCAAGUGUGGCAUCGCAGAAGAUGGUCGGGGCAGUGCGGACUCGCAGGAGUACAGAAAAAGAAGCUCUCGGGCUUACAGGUGUCAAAAGACCUUCGUCAGCAGCCGGGCGCGUCACUUCUAUCGGAGAGCGGCAACCCAUCACCACCAGGGCAAUCGUUAAGAAGCCCGCUGUUGUCUCCACCACAGGACGCCCUUCCACUGCCGAAAGACGCCCUGUCACCAGAGAGCGUGCACAGAAGCAAGCUUCUGUUGCCACACCAUGCCGGCCUUCUACCUCUGAAAGACGCCCUGUUGACAGAGGAAGUGCAGCAAAACAUUCUGAUAUUGCGAGUACACGCCGGCCCUCUACAGGAGAAAGACGUGGUAUUACCAGGGAUAGCAAGACCGGAUCGAGUGUGGCACAUCCGAAGGUUUCAACAACUACUGUGAGCACUCUGAAAAAGGCCGCCCUUCCGAAUGCGACUAAAAGUACCAAGCUGGAGCCAAAAAGCAAUAUCAGAGAAUCUAGAGGUCCUUCAACAUUUGACAGUCACUUAACUAGGCCAAAAAGAAUGGACUUGCAAGUGGCCGGGAAACAGAAAUCAAGCUCGGUAAACCUUCCAGCAAGGAGAAUGCUGAGUUCCAGUGUUGGAGAAGCAACUUUUGCAAGGCUGAAAAAGAAAGAGGGCAUUCCGGCGACAGUGCAAUCUCGAGCAUCCGCAUCGAAGAAAACAACUCCUUUGCAGACAGGAAACUCCAAGCCUAAGGCACCAAACCCACCGACGCCGCCGCCUCCACCGCGUCGUCCGUCCAGAACAGAGAGCAAGCCAACCACCAGAGGCUCAUCAGUUGGUGGAAGAAAGCCAAAGGCCUCGACACCACAAUGGCAUUGAUGCAAGGGGAACAUUCAAGCUAGUGGCCUACAUAAACUGUGGAUCUGUGAGACACCUUACGGUUGCACGCAUCUAAAAGCACUGCACGGGCUUUCUGCACCAUCCAAUUUCAUCUUAUGAUGUUUGUGCGCAUCGAUCAUUUCCAUCAAGCACCCUCCUCGAUGUCGUUCCUGGCUUCGUCAUGCAAGGGACUUAGAACAGUGUAUACUGUAUAUACUACAUCAAGUAAGUUAUGUUCUAGAUGAUGUAAGAUAAGAUUAGCCGAAACGUGGGGACAGGAAGAAAUGUGGCGUGUCCAAUUGAACUUCAUAUGUGAGAGUAGUAUAUAUCAUUGGUGUUUAAGAGCAUCUCCAAUAGAACAUGUAGAUGCAAAAA